AUGCCUGUGCCAGAUCCACAGGCGGGGAGAGCAUUCAUCUGUCUCAUUACCUUGUUUCUUUUCUUGUCCAUUGCUGUCGGAGGCGGUUGUCUUAUUGCAUACACAAUCCUCCCUUACCCUCCAUUAUGGCUCUCUUACCUCGGCAUCUUCUUUGUUUGUCUCCCUUGGUUCUUUUGGAUCCUCACCUUUGCAUACCGCAUCAUAUCACGCACUUUUGGAUUUAGGAUGGUCAUUGGAUCGGGUGGUAAUAAUAACAAUGCGAGUGGAGAGUCCAUGCCACAGGAUCUUGACCCUCCUGAGAAAUCUCUAGAGCCUCUUGAUGAUAAUGAUCCAGAGGCUAUAGCUCAUCCACAAGGCCAAGUUCUAGUGUCUAUGGAAGGGAACCAAUCAAAGAAACGAAUGUCAACUUCUAGCGUUGGUUCACAUGAAAGUGAGAUGCCACUAGCGAUUUCUAUGGCCACAUGA